AUGAAGAAGGAGGUGCGGGAAGCCAUGCGCAACGCCAUUGGUGGAUGGCACCUGAUCUUGGAUUUGCCCUGCUUUAAGAUGGAGGAGGAAACCGUCCGGAAUCUACUCUUCGAGCUUUCACAGUCGUACUUCUUCAAGGAUCAAGACCCAAUGUUGGUCUUGGACUGCAUCCUCGAACUGGAGACGGUCAUUGCGGACAACAUGAGGGUUUGGCAGCUGGAGGUGGAAAUCCAGAGAAUCGCUAUCAAGUGUGUCCGCGAUGCUCAAGAUGCCUCAGAGACGGAGCACGAUGCGAAUUUAUUGCAGCUGCUGUUCGAGACGCCUACGAAGCUGCGAUACAUCAUCAUUGAGGCCUUUGCUGCCUUCCGGCAAGCAUCCGCAGAUCUCGCCCGGCUGCUUCAGAACGAGCCCAUUUGGACGCGGCUCCUCAGCAAACGCUGGCUGGGUGCGCCAGGCAUCAACGAGUGCCCGCUUUACAACACACAGCAGACCGGGAUGAAGAUGCUCAAGGACUCAGCCGAUCGCCUGGACAAAGGCACAAUCAAUUUGAGCGCGCUUCACACGAUCAUCCGCUACCGGAAGGUUUACGAGUCGCUGGUUGCCCAGGUGGCGGCCAAGCCUACAGCCAUACCCGAGAGCGACGGAAAGCUCAAGCAAUUCGACACCGAGUAUGAGCACUUGCGCGCCUACGUCAAGAUGUUCUGCUCCAGCGCCGGCAUCGAAGCUGCCGACCUACAGAGAUUAAUCGAUGG